AUGCGUAGUGUUGUUCAUAAAGUUAUCAAGCUGUGGAACAACGUGGCUUCCUGUAUGGAGAAAUGGUUCGGUGAUAAGCGGCUGUGGUUAUUUGGUAACAAUCUGCCACUGCUGCCGCGAAGAUCUCGCGCCUCUAGCCGCGCGAUGGAGCGAUACGAAAAGCUCGCUAAGCUCGGCGAAGGCUCCUAUGGGCUGGUGUACAAGUGCCGCAAUCGGGAGACAGGCGAAGUUGUCGCGAUAAAGAAGUUUGUCGAAAACGAAGACGAUCCGCUUAUUCGUAAAAUUGCGCUCCGAGAGAUACGAAUGUUGAAGAAUCUGAAGCAUCCGAACUUAGUGAACCUGAUCGAAGUGUUUCGGCGCAAGCGCAAGCUUCACCUCGUUUUUGAAUACUGCGACCACACGGUGCUUCAUGAAAUGGAAAAAUAUCCAGCCGGUUGCCCGGAACUUUUAUCAAAACAAAUAAUCUGGCAGACACUGCAGGGUGUAGCGUACUGUCACAGACACAAUUGCAUCCAUCGGGAUGUCAAACCUGAGAAUAUCUUGCUGACCAGCGAUGGGGUGGUCAAGCUGUGUGACUUCGGGUUCGCGAGAAUGAUAAGUCCUGGUGAGAGCUAUACAGACUACGUGGCGACACGGUGGUACCGUGCCCCAGAGCUCCUCGUAGGUGACACUAUGUACAGCAUGCCAGUCGAUGUAUGGGCCAUUGGUUGUGUGUUCGCGGAACUUUUAUCUAGUGAAGCGCUCUGGCCGGGCAAAAGUGAUUUAGACCAGCUCUACCUAAUAAGAAAGACAUUGGGUGAUCUGUUACCAAGGCAUAUGACUAUAUUCUCACAGAACUCAUUCUUUCAGGGUAUGGCCUUACCAGAGCCGACGACAGUGGAAUCCCUUGAAAAGAAAAUACCACCACGAUAUGCUAAUAAUGAGUUGAUAAUAGAUUUUUUGAAGAGAUGCCUAGACAAGGAUCCGAUGAUGAGGUGGACCUGCGAACAAUUGCUGCGACAUCCGAUCUUUGAAAACUUUCUGUUCACAGUGCCCGCUACUGAUCAUGAUGAAUACGAGAGGGUUAGGAGACAGCAGCAAGACUUUAAUGAGAAAGCUCGAGCUAAGAACGAAGAUGCUUCCACACAAGUAACAGAUAGCACCACACCGUCAAAGAAAGCUAAAGGAAAAUAA